GGAUUAUAAUCAAAACUUUUUAAAUGAAUAGAAUUUUAAUUAGUUACACCGGAAACCCUAUAAGAUUUGUUUAUAUCUAAAUGUUGUUACCAUUAUAGUAUCAUUGCGUGCGCAAGCACAAGCCUCUUUUGUAUUUGAUUAUUUAGUAUAUAAAAUCACAUUGUUGCUGCAUCUUUUGUCUAGCCAGAAGUGUAUGAGAGUGAGUGUGUGUAAAGUGUAUAUGGUUAAUAAUAUAUUCAGCAUGAUUGCGUUUUCUCUCUAUAUCCACCUGGUACUUACAUUUACAACAGUAUAUGGAUGGUCAUGGGAGUGUAAUAAUUACAAUGGAUACUGCACUAGAGUCAUAACCCAGUCAACACUUACGCCCACGUAUCCCACCUUGGAAGUAUGCAAAUUGCUUUGUGGAGAGAAAGAUCAUUUAAAUUUAUGGCCAUAUCCAACCGGUAGUAUCACCUCAGAAAAAGAUAUUUUACUAAUUAAUUCACAGAACAUAAAAUUCGAAUUGCAAGAUACAACAACUAAAACGUUCUUAGACGAUGUUGUUGACUAUUUCCGCAGCAACCUAAACAUAGACAAAAGUUCACCCUGUCAAGACUCCUCCAAUAUGAUUAUCGUUCUGCAAUCAAUGUCUGAGGACUUAUCAUUAACACUGGAUACGGACGAAACCUACAGUUUAAAAACGAGUACCUUAGAUAACGAGUUCAGAGUUGAGAUCAUAGGAAAUACAGUUUUUGGAGUAAGGCACGGUAUUGAAACUUUACUUCAAUUACUGGUCCCAUAUCAAAAAGGAGAUGAGGUAUGUCUAGCGACAUUGAAAAGUGUUCAAGUAUAUGAUAAACCAGUAUACCGCCAUCGCGGUUUACUGUUAGACAGCGCAAGAAACUACUUGUCUGUAAAUACAAUUAGGAAAAAUAUUGACGCUAUGGCUGCUUCCAAAAUGAACGUUCUACACUGGCAUAUAACUGACUCGCAAAGUUUUCCCCUGGAGGCACCGAGCUUGCCAAAUAUGACCAAGUAUGGAGCAUAUACUGAAAAAAGCAUUUAUACCUCUACGGACGUUGAGGAAUUAGUAGCAUACGCAAAAAUUAGAGGUGUAAGAAUUCUUAUGGAGAUAGACGGGCCAUCUCAUGCUGGCAAUGGAUGGCAAUGGGGAGAACAAGCUGGACUUGGAAACCUUGCUGUUUGUGUAAAUCAGCAGCCUUGGAGGUCCUUUUGUAUCCAGCCUCCAUGUGGACAACUUAAUCCUGCAAAUCCCAAUAUGUAUAAAGUGUUACAACAAUUAUAUGGCGAUAUACAGCAAAUGGUUCCUAACAGCGGUAUAUUUCACAUGGGUGGCGAUGAGGUAUUUAUAGCCUGCUGGAACGCUACAGAAGAAGUUCUUGAUUACAUCAAAGACAAACCCAGAACAGAAGAAACCUUCUUGGAUUUAUGGGCGGAAUACCAAAAUAAAUCUGUAGCAGUAUUUGAUGCUGCCAUUGGAAAUGACAAAACGCGGAUUGUGGUAUGGACAAGUCACCUCACACAACCAGAUGUAAUCCAAAAGUAUCUUCCAAAAGAGAGGUACAUCAUUCAGACUUGGGUGCCUGAUACAGACCAAGAUUUAAUUACAUCUUUAAUAAAACUUGGAUAUAAAGUUAUAAUAUCCACAAAGGAUAAAUGGUACCUGGACCACGGUUUUUGGGGAAGUACCUCGUAUUAUAAUUGGAGAGCCGUUUACAACAACAAGAUGUAUAGUCAGUUACACCAAUCAGUAUUAGGAGGAGAGGUUUGCAUGUGGGGAGAAUUGGUGGACGAUUCGAAUGUAGAAUCAAGGGUAUGGCCUAGAGCGGCCGCUGCCGCAGAAAGACUAUGGAGCAAUCCACAGACUACAGCACGUGCAGCAGAAGGAAGAUUUUUCUCCCACAGGGAGAGACUGGUGAAGAGAGGUCUUAAAACUGAAGCAGAAAUCCCACAGUGGUGUGUCCAAAAUGAAGGAGAAUGUUCAUCGUAUUUAUAGUUUAUUUUUCUUAAAUAAAUAGAACAA